AUGAAAAGGUUAAACUUGGAUUGCACUACUACUAGUGAAAAUAGAAUUUUGCAAUUGAAUGAACUUGAUGAAUUUCGUAAUGAGGCAUACGAAAAUGCAAAAAUCUAUAAGGAGCGUACAAAAGCCUGGCAUGAAAAGAACCUAGUCAAGAGAGAAUUUCAACCUGGACAGCAAGUACUUCUUUUUAAUUCACAGUUGAGGCUAUUUCUUGGCAAACUAAAGUCUAGAUGGUCGGGUCCUUUUACUGUUGUGAAGGUGUUUCCAUAUGGCUCGGUGGAGGUGCAAGGAAAAAAUGGAGAGCCUUUCAAGGUGAAUGGUUAG